CUCCUAGCUUCAGACACAGAACAACUCCUCAUCCAAGAGAGAGCUACAAGAGCAGCAGCAGCUCUACUACUGAAGCUAAACUCUAGCUUUAACCAAGAGAACUACGAGAACUUAACUGAGAGAGAACCAAAAAACAGAAACUUCUUAACAACGAGAUCGACUCGAUCCGACGACAAGCUCCCUGACUACUCGCAAGAGACUAAGGAAGACUUUUGAAGAGCCUGAACACUUAUUUUUGUCUAACAUACUCUGAGAAAACCCCAGAAGAAAAGCAAAAUGUCUGCUGGAAUGAACAUGAGGCUGAUUUCUUUCUUCUGUCUCACUCUCUCCUACCUGGCUGUGGCUCAGGAGUGCAGUGGGCAGUGCAGUUGUCCUGAUGUGCACCCCCAGUGUCCCCCUGGUGUGAGCCUGGUGCCCGAUGCCUGCGGCUGCUGCAGGGUGUGUGCCAAGCAGAUGGGCGAGCUUUGCACAGACAGGGACAUGUGCGACCCCCACAAAGGGCUCUUCUGUGACUUCGGCUCCCCCGUCAACCGCCGCAUAGGAGUCUGCACAGCUAAGGGUGGCGCCACCUGUGUGAUGGGUGGGAUGGUGUACAGGAGUGGAGAGUCCUUCCAGAGCAGCUGUAAAUACCAGUGCACGUGCCUGGACGGUGCCGUGGGCUGUAUUCCCCUGUGUAGCAUGGACAUCCGCCUGCCCAGCCCUGACUGCCCCAUGCCCCGCCGCGUCAAAGUGCCCGGGAAGUGCUGCGAGGAGUGGGUGUGCGAUGCCCCCCAAAACACAAACAUCUUUGUGGGCUCUGCUCUCGCUGCUUACAGAGAGGAGGAGACCUACGGGCCUGACCCCUCCAUGAUGAGGGAGAACUGCCUGGUCCAGACCACUGAGUGGAGCGCCUGCUCGAAGACCUGCGGCCUGGGCAUCUCUACCAAAGUAACCAACGACAACCGCGAGUGCCGCCUGGAGAAACAGUCCCGUCUGUGCAUGGUCAGACCCUGCGAGUCCCACAUGGAGCAGAGCAUUAGGAAGGGAAAGAAAUGCAUCCGCACGCCAAGAGUGUCCAAGUCCAUGAAGUUUGAGAUCUCUGGCUGCACCACCACCAAGUCCUACCGCCCCAAGUUCUGCGGCGUGUGCACCGACGGUCGCUGCUGCACCCCCCACAGAACCACCACCCUGCCCAUGGAGUUCAAGUGCCCCGACGGCCAGGUCAUGAAGAAGCAAAUGAUGUUCAUCAAGACCUGCGCGUGCCACUACAACUGCCCCGGCGAGAAUGACAUAUUUGAGUCCAUGUACUACAAGAAGAUGCUGGGAGACAUGGCGUAAACAAUUACGUCACCUAACAGCAAAAACAACCAAUGACUCUUAACUUGAACCGAACAGAUAUCCAUCUCAUCUCGCAGCACAGCAUUUGUUUGUCUUUUGGUUUGUAAUUUUCUAAUUGUGUAUUUUGUACAAGGACAGAAAAAUAUAUACGUAUAUUCAAUGUAUAUGUAUGAGUGUAUUGAUGGAUGUUUAGGGCCACUUGCCCUAAAGAGGGGACGAAAGACAGGGGGCUACUCUGCUGCCCGAAAUAGAAUACUUACUGCACUAUAGUUCUACUAUGUGACAACCUAUGUUGUUGUCACUAUUUGGCUGAUGCCAUGUUCCCCUCCCCCGAAACUGUGGUGGGCACCUAAUUAACUGAGCUGUGUCCGGGCACCUAAUUAACUGAGCUGUGUCCAACCUCUGAGCACUUGCAGUAACGAAGGGUGAAGACUUUCAACCCCAGUACAGAAACUUAAAUCCUUAACCCACCAGAGUACUAGUUGAACGUACCCUUGUGUAUAGCUCACUGUUUUGCAGAUCCUAACUGUUGCAGUGCUAACGACAGGUCAUGGUUUAGCCCAUGCUGAAAAACAGCCGUCCUUCCAGACAAGGAGCGUAGUGUGCAUGCUUUGAGGGCAUGCCACAGCACUGAGAAAAGAGGUAUUUGACUUUGACUGACUGAUUCAGGUUGCAAGGAAGGAAUCAGUAUUUUGUCCAACAAAAAAAAGAGACUGGAUGAUUUGUAGUUUCAUUCCUUUUUAUAUGUAUUAUUGAUGCUGUAAAUAUUGUACAUAUUAUUGUACAGUUGUUUAAGUUAAUUUAAAGUUUUAAAACGUUUGUUUUGUUUUUCUCUUCCUUCAACAUGUUUAUCGAUAGCUUAUUUGCUGGGUUUGACUGUUCCUGUGACAGUUUUGUGUACUAUUUUAUUGAGAAGUGUGACAAAAAAGUUACAUGUUUUCACUUUUGUCGUUUGGAAUAAAAUAUAUUUUUUAUAUAAA